AUGAAGACCAAAGCAAAGAGUGAAGAUCCACAUUAUGACUGGGUGAUGUCCAAAAUCAAUCACAGCUCCGAGGAUCCAAAUUUGGGCUUCGUCGAAACCCUGUAUCAGACCUGCUCAGCCUCUCUUCUCUUUCUAUGGAAAUCGCAAUUUCGGUUAACGACUCACAAUCCGCAGAAGAGUACUCUGAAGAAGGAUAUAGCGAGCAUCCAGUUUUGGGAAGAGAAUUUCCCUGCUGGCCACCUUGAUGACAUCCUGGGAGAGUCGAGCGGAUUGAAGAUCCGUGUGCUGGAAAACCUGGCGGGUAUUAGCAAGAUUCUCGUCUCUUUUUUCACAGACUAUGGUGAAGCAAGAUUUAGCACACUGAAUGAUUGUGAUUCCGAAAACACCCUCGCCAAUGACCUGGAAACACAGCUAGAAAAGGCUGCACUGAUUCUUGAUGGUGAAGAACGAUCUGAGCCAUCGUCAGAUGAGGAGACCGACGAUUCCUCCCCCACCACCGAACGUCUCCAAAAUCGCCUUGGGCGCCUUCACUCCUUCAUAAGCUGUUUAAUGAAUCUUACACCCGUGUUGGAGAGGUAUAUAUCCUCCUUGCAUUGCAAGGCGGAAGUUGAAAUUGUCCCGAUUGACACUGUUUUUCGUUUGUCUCAUCGUGCACGACCUUACGCAAUGCGCAUUCGCGACCGAUUUGAAAACGCACCUACAUCUCUUAUAGAGCGGUUAGCACAGGCUAACUUGGAAAGAUUAAUCCGGCUUGGAAUACAAGAAGGCGAGGCGGAAGAAGUGGAUGAUCACACAAAUCAGGACGCUGUGACUUUGUUCAAGCCCUUUUCCCUGUUCCAUGACUCAGGUCUUGGGACAUCCAUUCCUCCAAUAUCACAGUAUGCCGCUACCAUGGCUUCCCAUACUUCGUUUCUCUCGGUCACUGGAGACGAGGCUCUUGGUCGCCCCCGAGUUCCCUCUCUACGGCAGGAAGGCGGACGCCCCUUUCAAUGCAAUUACUGUCACAAGACUAUCGCUAUGCGAAACAGAAUAGAGUGGAAGAUGCAUGUCUUCGCUGAUCUGGAGUCGUACAUUUGCACACACGAGGACUGUAGGGACGCACUCAAAAAAUUCCCGACCCGUCAACUAUGGGCGGAUCACGAAUUCAAUAAACACUUUACUAUGCUCCAAUGGCGUUGUUUCAGCUGCAGCAUCACAUUUAAUACCGCGGAACUCUUCGUCAAACAUUCGGCUCACGCGCAUAGUAUUAUACUGACUGAUCGCCGUUUAACAGCCAUCAUUUCAGAAGCGCAAGAGACAAUCUUGACACCUGAAUUCGAGGUCUUCAAGUGUACUUUAUGCUUACAGGAUGGCUGGAAGACCAAGAAAGCUUACGCGACUCAUGUCGGCCGACACCUAGAGGAGAUCUCCCUGGCAUGUCUCCCAAGAGAUGAAGAAGACAGCAGUGACGAUGACUUGCAAACAAAGUCAUCCAGCACCCCCGGCCAUGUUCAUGGGCAGGAUUCCCGCAGUGGAGAAAAAUAUGAAGUCGAUGCAGAUUCUCAAGUUCAAUAUGAGGAAUUCAGCGUUGACAAAGUCACGGAAUACCUUGAAAAUCACGCGAAUGGUCAACUGCCUACUUCCGACCGACCGAACCAGAAGGAAAGCCUUCAAAUUUACAAAGAAACCCGCAUCCGAGUCAGAAAUACCUACUACGCUGGAAAAUUGGAAGAGGAGGCAUUAUUUUCGAUGCGGGUGGCCCGGCUGUGGCGCGACAUGUGGUACGAGGGGAUCUUCAAUACGGCAUAUUGA